AUGACGACCGUAUCAUUAAGCCGACACGACAUCAAUGUGCUCGAGAAGAUCAAAGACCCCGAGUCCAAUCCGGCCGCGGGCGUCAUUAUUGACUCUGCGCUGCCUCGCGACCCCCAUGUCGUCGACCACAGCGUCUAUGAGAGAGUGAUGGAGAGGGAGCGCACCAUCAUCCGCACUCUCCAAGUCAUCGAGACGCAGCUCAUCAGCUUCCAGAGCGAAGAGGACACAGACAAGGCCAUCGAGGGCUACAAGACCUGCGUGUCAGAUUUUGGCAAUCUCAUUUCAGAUUAUCCUCUAUACGCUAGCGCAAGAAACAACCGCGCGCAAAUCAUGCGCAGGCUGUACGGAGACGCCAUGCUGCUGAACUAUACAUCGACCAUGCCACUGCCGUUGAUCCCUCAGCCAGAACAAGCUGAGAAGAGAAAGUCAGCCUUGGAAACAUUGGAGGAUAUGGACACUGCAAUCCGGCUGCUCACGCCCCCAUUGCCAUCGACCCCCAUGUCUGCGCAGGCAGCCCGGACGUUGUCCAUGGCACAUACGCAACGAGCAGCCAUCUACCUAAGAACGGCCAAGCUCUUAUCAGACCGCCAGCUGGAUAUCGAUGACAGCCGCCCAGAAGCCUCCUGGUCCCGCGUGGACUUUGAGGAAGCCGCCUCAAGAGACUUAGCUCUCGGCGGCAGAUAUGGAAACCAGAUUGCAAAAGCUCUGGCCGUCAGUGUCAACCCAACAGCCAAGCUCUGCGGGCAAAUAGUUCGAGAAGCGAUGCAGAAGGAGUAUGGCCCUGAAUUUGAGAUGUGA